UUGACGCUUACUAGAGGUUUCAGACGCACCUGCUUCACUGGCGAGCUCAGAGAUUUCAGCUGUUCGCGGACAGCAGCACAGAUCCUCAACAUGACAGAAUGUAUUAAAAACUGCUGCAGGACAUUUUUGUCCAAGAAGUAUGAACCAGAGAUUCAGAUGAUUAAGGUUCGACCUCCUGGUAAAUUAACUGCUGAGUCUAAUGUGAAGAGGAAUGUUGGAGUAUCAGAGGAUUAUCUGCUGUCUAAACUGCCUCCGGACGGCCGGGAGGUUCCCUUCGUCAUCCCAACCUUCAAACCCUCCUACAUCCAGCCAAGAGGAGCACAGUACUCUGGCUACAACACUGGGCAACAGAGUGCCACAAGGACCACUUAUGCAGAAAGGAAGGCAGAACUCGCAGGAACCAGACAAAUGAUGUAUGACCCUGAUUUGACUUUAAACAGCAGUUACGUGUCACCAGGCUCCCUGAGACGCCCCACGCUAAAAAACAGACCCAGCAACAGUCUUGGCACAGAUUUGGAACACAGUGGCAAACAGAGACUCAGUCACUCCAUGUACGAUUUGUCAAACCCUCAGGGCCACGUACAGCGUUAUGAUUCUGUAUCCAGUGUCCAGAGCAGCACAUCCUCCAUUCAGGAUUCCUUUGGGAGCAGCCGUAGUCUAGAGUCCAUCACGCUGUCUGGCGAUGAGCGGGAUUGUGAACCAGGAAAAGUGUGUGUGCACCUGAAGUAUGAAGAGGCAGUGGAGCAGGUGUGGAUCACCUUAGUGAAGUGUACAGAUCUGAGUGUAUAUACGGAUGGGGUGGAGAUGCAGAAGAUUGGGGUCAAAGGGGUCAUCACCAUGUCUAAGCCAGUGCGAUUUAAGAGCACUGUCAAGGAAGCAUCAGAAGACACUGUCUUCAUGGAGACAUUUGUGUUCACUCUGGACUUAGAGCAGAUACGCAGAUCUGUGCUAGUGCUGCGCCUGCAGGCUCACACACCACGUAAGCGUACACUGGGAGAGUGUGUAUUAUCUCUGCGAACCAUUGGACCACAGGAAACACAGCAUUGGCUGGAGUUCAAGCCUCACUCUAAAACACAUGUGUGUCAUGCUGAGCUUCAGCUGGCCUUGUGCUUUCAGCCAGUGAACAGUCGAAUGCAACUCCAGAUCGUCAGUGCUCAAAACCUUCCGUCAUCUUCCUCACCACUUACACAGAGUUUCUUUGUGAAGGUUGAGUUGUUGAGUGAGGGUAAGGUCUUACUAAAGAAGAAGACGAAGGCGAUGAAGUCAUCAGGGAGGCAGAGCCAAUGGGGGGAAGUGCUUCACUUGCCUGUCACCAAUCAGGACCAGAAUUUGCAGCUGGCAGUCAAACUCUACAGUCGUGGCUCUGUUCGGAGAAAACAUCUGCUUGGACAGGUCCUCUUGGGUUUCGACAGCAGUUCUCCUGAGGCAGUGGAACAAUGGAGGGAUUCCAUGGCUAAUCCUGAAAAAAUGGUGACGUCUUGGCACAGAGUUAGUCGACACUAAAUUGAGAGGAUGAAGAAAAUAUAUAUUUUUUUUAGUGGAUUUUAAAUGCAACUUCCAAAAAACUGUAUCUUUGAAUAAUUUAAUAUGGUUAUUGUAGGACAAAAAAAGCAUUUGUCUAAAAUGCUGUGGUAGAAAUUACUCAUUUACAUUUCUAAAUUGUAGCUAAUCGUGUAUUCAGCUGUUUGUAGAUUUAACAUUUUAUGUUCUUCAUUGGUGUAACUUUCAGAACAUGCAACUGUCUAAAACAGAUAACACAGGAACAGGAUACACAGACACUAUGUGCAAUAAAGUGUAUUAUACAGAGCUCUUCAACUGUCAGUAUAGCAACAUGGCCAAAUAACAUGUAGACAGUCAGCUAAUUACAUUACAGAAUUCAUAAAUGAAGUAUUACGUUCAGUAUUUUUCUCCAUACAACUUCACAGCUGCUAAGUUAACGUGAACCUAUUCUCUGUAGAAACAGAUAUCUCCAUUUUCUGAGCAAUCUGAAGAUGAUUAUUGCACUUUUGCUAGCUUUCGGAUGAAGAUAAACCUGUUUUUAAGUACAGUAAAAACUGUGUUGAUGUUGGGGGUGAAUGCUAUUUAAAAAGCUUUUAUUUUUAGAAGUUCAGAAGGGUUUGGGUUACAUUCCUCUCAGUGGAAUUCAAUCCUUUAAACUGUCCCCUAUUUCCUUUCACAAACACAAGAAAAAGGGAAAGGCCACAAGAGAGUGCAACAAAGAGACUUUUGUUAGCACAUUUCACUUCCCUGCAUCCUUUGUGCUACUCUUAGUUUAAGGUGACCUAACUUUAGGCCUUGUCAUUUCUUUGAAUUCACAGUAGCUUGUCUUAAAGUCUUGAUUGUAUAAGUACAUUGUGUUAAGUAAUGCUGUAGUUUGGUGGACAUGUGAUAUUAUGUAAGAGAUAUUUAAAAGCUAAUAUUUUGUUCAUGUUGGCUGUAUUUUGUAUGUAUGCACACAAAGAUUGUCUGAUCCCAGUCUGGCAUCCUGACGUUAUAGAAAUAAAAAGAUAACAUUGUUUGUAAAAGAAUUAGUUGUGUUAAAUUUUAAUGGGAUUUUGUGUUAGUGUAGGUUCAUGAAAGGCACUUUCAUUUACAUUUUAUAUGAUUUGACAACUGUACUAUGGCUUGAUGACGGGAUGUUUGUGUGGGUCUGAAUGUUUGUGUUAUUUAACCCCUCUGAUUGUGCUGCUAUUUUAAAGGCCUGUCAAAGGUACAGCUACAUCCGGGUGUGAUUUCAUUUACGUCAUGACUUUUGGGAUCGAUGUUUGUCUAGUGUUAAUGGUUACACACCCCCAGCUGCAGCAAAUCCCAGUAAAACAGCUGAUCCUUGUGUAUGAAAGUAUUUGUGUAAUGUGUCAUAUCCACAGCAACUAUACAAUCAAAUACUAAAAACAGACCAUAUAAAAGACAAUAAGAAAAUUGCAAAUAUCAAGUGACAAAAAUGAAUAAUAAAAAUGUAAAAAC